AUGCAUUCUUGCAUCGUUUACAUCCUUCUCCUCCUAUCUUCUCUUCCUAGUGCACUCAGUGUGCCACACCUCGGAUCGGUCAAUUUCACAGACAAACGCAUCGCAUGCCAGCAAUCAGGCACCUUUCACAAGUUCAUCUUUUUCAGCGCCGCCAACGAUACGGCCUUCCAUUACGGCAUCAAGACUGGCUACACCGAGUACUAUCCUGGAGCUCUAGAGAGCGCCCUCAAGUUGGACGAUUUCCAUCUCCUCUGGCGGGACGAUGCCAAUGCAUGUGGCUGGCAGCAAGCGCGGAAUGUGCGCCAUUCAGGAUCAAUUCCAAUGCUCGGGAAGAAUCGCGGUGAGAUCUACUGGAAGUACGCAGAUGUCACUUGGGUGUCGCCCAAGAACAGCAAGCUGGCCGACCACUGGAAAUUCGACUCAGCAGACCACAAACCGCCUCAUGUGGGCGCCCUGCCACCGAAUGCAACGCUUGACAAAAUCACCAAUGUCCUGCGAGAUAAUGAGCCAGCGGCGGACGUCUACCAACUCACCACAAUCUGUCUCGGCUACCUUUCUGGGUUCCUCGGUGUACUCGUCAUCCUGAGCAUUGCUCUUCGAUACAUCGACAACAUGGACUACGGAGAGUCCGACGACGUUGAGCUUCCAGUGAUCAAGACCAACAGCCUCGACAAGCCUCUACCAGCAUCGGCUUCCACAGACACGAUUGCGACAUCCACUUGCUCGGGUGAUGAUGCUCGUGGAGCCGAUGCAAGUGGACACUCUACACCACCGCCGCGGUACUCGCAGAGCGGCGUAUCUGAGCACAUUCGCGGUGGAAGUGCUAUAUCUCGACUGAGGGAGGCCUACGGCAUCGAUGCUCGCCAUCAAGAGCGCACCAGCGGCUAUUAG